AUGGAUGAGAUUUACGAUGUUAUCGUCUGUGGAACAGGCCUGAAGGAGAGUAUUCUCAGUGGAUUGCUCUCCCAAAGCGGAAAAAAGGUUCUGGUGUUGGACCGCAACUCAUACUAUGGAGGUGAAUCGGCAUCCCUCAAUCUUACGAAUCUCUACAAACACUUCAAACCAGGAACUACCCCUCCGGAGAGAUUUGGAGUAAACAGGGACUGGAAUGUUGAUCUAAUUCCAAAAUUUGUAUUGGCUGGAGGCACACUCGUCAAAAUCCUGAGAGCCACAGGAACAUCACAGUAUCUAGAAUGGCAAGUUCUUGAUGGAAGCUACGUCUAUCAACACCAAAAGGCUACGUUGUUGUCCAACGAAAAGUUUAUCCACAAAGUACCUGCCACUGACAAAGAGGCCCUCUCAUCUCCACUCAUGGGCUUCUUUGAAAAGACUCGCUGUCAUAAUUUCUAUCGCUUUGUAGCACAUUUUGAUGAAAACAAGAAAGAAACGUGGAAAGGCCACGAUCCAUUCAAAGAGUCGAUUAAAGUUUAUUACAGCCACUAUGGACUAGAAGAAAAUACAAUUGACUUUUUAGGACAUGCUGUAGCACUUUAUACAAGUGAUGAAUACCUAAAGAAACCUGCAGUGGAGCCAAUUAAGAGGAUGAAGCUCUAUAUGGAAUCUCUCAUGAGAUUUGGAUCUUCUCCAUUUAUAUAUCCUGUUUACGGUCUAGGAGGCAUUCCCGAGGCCUUCUCUAGGCGAUGUGCUAUAUAUAGAGGAACAUUUAUGUUGAAUAAGGCCGUAAAUAAGUUCUUGUAUGACGAAGAUGGAAAAGUAUGUGGAGUAGGUACUGAGGAUGGCGAAGUUGCAAAGUGCUCAAUGGUUGUCUGCGAUCCUACAUACGCAGCUGCCCUCGCUCCUAAUAAAGUAAAGAGCGUGGAAAAGGUCAUUAGAUGCAUUUGUAUUCUGAGUGAGCCUAUUCCAGAAACAAAUAAUGCUACAUCUUGCCAAAUUAUUAUUCCACAGAAACAGCUCGGUCGCAACCACGACAUUUAUAUAACUCUUGUGUCUCAUUCUCACGGGGUUACAGCCAAGGGAAAAUUUGUCUGCAUCAUCUCAACUACUGUGGAGACCCCCAAUCCACUCAGGGAAAUAGCUCCUGCCAUGGCGAUUAUUGGUCCAGUUGAUGACACAUUUGUUCAAAUAUCGGAUGUCUAUGUUCCAACGGAAAAGGGAUCCACAGACAAUGUAUAUGUAACGGAGUCCUACGAUGCCACUUCACACUUCGAGUCUGCUUCAAACGAUGUUCUCAGACUUUGGAAGGAAAUCACGGGAACUGACCUCGACCUCAGCAAAAUAGAUGUAAGUAGAUAUUCCUUGUUAUGUCUGACAAGCUUCCACACAUUAGACACAUUGUUCCUACAGGAAGAAAAGGAAAACGACGAACUGUAA